ACCGCAUAUUUUUUAGAAUAAACACAUGGAUGCUUGGAAGUGUGAAUUUAAAUGGAUAUUUACUCACAGUGAUGAUGUGAAUGUGUAUUUCUAAAUGCAAAGUGAGAUUUUAUUAAUAAGUGGGACAGUGAUACCUGCUGUAUUAAAUGAGUCUGAUCCGCUCCACUUGUCUGCUGCUGCGAUCAGUCUCAAGCUGUAUACAUCGAGCGAGCCAUAAGAGCCCAUGUUUUCCGUGUACAUUUCGUCUUUACACUGGGGAUACUUCGAAGACAACAACAGAACAGUCCAAAGCUCAACUUGGUAAAUUCAGUGGUGAAGAGAAGCAUUUUAAAAGAAGAUUGCUUUCAGUUCAUAGCAGGUUUGCUGAUGUACCAGAUAAUUUAACUUUCCAGGGACAAAAUCACAUAUACCUUGAAGAUGGCCAGAGCAUCAACAGAGCAGCCCUGGCACAUGAUGAACGGGAGAUGGUGGAGGUGUUCUGUGCUGAUUGGGGAGGAGAUGGAUAUAAAACUAUCCAGAGGGUCAGACUGUCUCCCUCAGAGAACAAGCUGGCAGCCACUGUGAAGAAAGACCAUCAUGAGGAGACCCGAUUUGUGUUGGUUCAUCUAGAAGGAAUCAUCCUCUCACAGAAAGCACUGUUGGUUUUAGAUAAUGUCCUCAGCUUUGAAUGGGCCACAGAUGAUGUCCUGUUCUACAGCACACAGGAGACUCUUCAGAGCUUGCGGGUUUUCCGUCUUCAUCUCAGGCAUAAUGCUGUCCACACCGACCUUGUUUACGAAGAAAAAGAUCCAGAGUUUUUUGUGGAAGUCAGUCGUUCAAAAGACCAGAGACUGGUCACAAUUAACUGUAACAGUAAGAACAGUUCAGAAGUUUGGUUUAUUGACAGCAGAGCUCCAUUCUCAUGUCCCACCCUCAUCCAAUCCCGUCAACCUGGUCUGAUGUACCAUGUGGAGCACUCGAAGGACCAUCUGUUUAUUCUUGCCAACACUGGACAAGGCCAGGAGUAUCAGCUAUUAUGGACACCUUUGGCUUUUCCAUCCAUUCCACACUGGAACGCAAUGUUCACACCUGUUCCAGGAACAGCCAUUAAAGAUAUGGAGCUGCUUCAGGAUCACUCUGUGUUUACACUGAAGGAUUCACAAUGCAGGCUUCAGAUUCAGAUUCUGACCUCAAAAGAGCCCUAUGAGUUAAAAACACUGCAGAUACCCCACUGGGCUUGUGAUCUAUCACCAGAGCGUGUAGGGAGCGAGAAGGGAAGGUCAUUUGGUUUCCUCCUCUCCUCCCCAGUGCACUCACCAGUACGCCACCUCUGUUCCCUGAGAACAGGACAACUUUCUGUAACAGAAGACACCCAGUAUAACUCUCUUCCAGAAUGUCACACAACACGCCUGCAGGCGGCCAGUCAGGAUGGAACAAUGGUUCCGUUGACUCUCUUUCACAUGCCUGCAUUACCUCAGCUGAGUAAAUCUCCAUUGCUUUUGCAUGUAUAUGGAGCAUAUGGGAUGGAUCUCAACAUGGCCUUCAGUCCUGAGAAAAGACUGCUGCUGGAGGACGGCUGGGCUCUGGCGUACUGCCACGUCAGGGGCGGCGGUGAACGCGGUCUAGCGUGGCAUAGGUCAGGUUCUUUGCUGCAGAAACAGAGAGGAGUGGAAGACCUUGCUUCCUGCAUUCAGACUCUUCAUCACUUGGGUGUGUCUCAGCCUGUGCUGACUGCCAUCGCGGCUCGCAGUGCUGGAGCCAUCCUAACGGGGGCGCUGUGCAACCAAAACCCUCAGCUUCUCCGAGCUGUUAUUCUACAGGCGCCUUUUCUAGAUGUACUGGGCACUAUGCAAGACCCAUUCCUUCCACUUACUAAAGAAGAGAGGGGGGAGUGGGGAGACCCCCUUGUGAGCGCCGAACACAGGGACAACAUUGCUUCCUACUGCCCUUGUCACAACAUUAAACCUCAGCUUUACCCGUCCAUGCUGAUCACCGCAUACUCGGAAGACCGUAGAGUACCUUUAUCGGGGGUGCUGAACUAUGUGGAAAGAUUGAAGAAAGCAAUUCAGAUGUAUAAUGAUGGAAACUGUGCUAAGACACUCCGCUUCACUUCAGAGAUCUCAUCACCUUGGGGAAAUAAGCCAGUCGGGCACUAGAGUGGGCCAAGUCUACCUACUGCACAGGGCAAUUUCUCAUCGUUCGUUUCAAGAGUGCCGGAUAUUCUUAAGUGUUACGAUGGAGAGCCAGUGAACCAGAUUAAGUCAACAAAAAUCACAUUUGUCAUCAAGAUCCAUUUUUGAAAUUCAGAUUUUUAUUAAAAGUAAAAAAUCUGUUAAAAAAUGUAUUUUAUAUAUUUAUUUAACUUUGUUCGCCCCGAGCGUGAGUAUAGUUACCAACUUAAAAGUGUACACUAUGUUGAAGUAAUGACAGGUCUUGUUCCAACACAUUAACUGUGGACACUUUCCAACUGAUCUCAUGGGAAUUCGUAAUUAUUUUACGAGGUGGCUAAUUUGCACAAAUUCUUACUUUGUAAAUCGUAAAAAAGCAUACGAUUACGUGAAUAUAGAAAUAGUGAAGUCCCGCCCCUAAACCUAACGCCAGUGUCCUGACAGCAAAUUUUACUACAAUGUACAAAUGAGAUUGUACGUAUUCAUAGCCACUUUUUAAAAUAGUUACAUUUUUGCAGUGAGAUUGUGUUGUCAUCACAGUUCUGACAAUAAAAAAGCAGCACAAAGAUUUUAAAUAUUUGUUGUUUCUUCAUUCAAGCAUAAAAACAUAAAAUACACAUGUUUUUUUAGAGGUCUGUUUUAUAACAAAAACUUGUGUACUAUU